AUGAAAGAGAAUUAUAAUGUAAAUAAUAUUGAACAUCUAAAUAUAAAUAAUAGUCAAGAUCGUCAACAAUGUAAUAAUAAUAAUAAUAAUAAUAAUAAUAGUAAUAAUAAUAAUAAUAAUAAUAAUAAUAAUAAUAAUAAUAAUAAUAAUAAUAAUAAUAAUGAUAAUAAAACAACAACUACCACCACCACAACAACUACCACCACUACAAAUUUAAAAGAAACACAAAACAUUAAUGAAAACGCGAAAGAAUGUGGUGAAAACAAUAAUAAUAAUAAUAAUAAUAAUAAUAAUAAUAAUAAUAAUAAUAAUAAUAAUAAUAAUAAUAAUAAUAAUAAUAAUCAUCCAAUACCUGUUAGUGAUGAAUUAAUAUUAACAGUUGAUGUUGGUACAACUAAUUUAAGGGCGAUUAUAUUUGAUAGAAAUUUAACGAUUAUAUCUAAAUCAAUUCAAACUAUACCAUUGAUGACAGAUGAUAAUAAGCCAGGAUAUAUUGAACAAGAUCCUGAUAGGUUAUGGGAAGCAUGUAAGGAUGCAAUGAAGGAGGCAAUAGCAUCAUCACCAGCAAAGCAUAAUAUAAAGAUGGUGAAAUCCAUUGGUAUAACCAAUCAGAGAAGUAGUUUCUUAACAUGGCGUAGGGAUACUGGCAGACCCAUUCAUAAUUUAAUAACAUGGCAAGAUGGUAGGUCCGGUGAGAUCUGUAGGAAUGCAAAUAAUAGUUUGGCGGUGAAGGGUAUACAUGGAGCGACUAAAUUUGUUCAUUUGUUCACAGGGAAACCACGUUAUUUAGCAGCGAGUCAAUUGGAUUUCUCUACGGCACAUUCUAGCACUCGUUUGGCAUGGGUGUUGGAGAAUUUACCCGAAGCAAAGAAGGCGGCAAAAGAGGAGCAAAUGCUAUUUGGCACCAUUGACACAUGGUUGCUAUGGAAUUUGACCGGUGGUAAAGAGCAUGCAACCGAUUAUAGUAAUGUCAGUGCCACGGGGUUGUUUGACCCAUUCGAAAUGAAAUUAAACUCGGUGGUGUUUUAUCUCUUUAAUAUACCCACUCAUAUAAUGCCAAAGAUCUAUGACACCAGUCAUCAUUUCGGUGAUUGCAUUCCAGAGUUGUUUGGCCACUCCAUACCAAUCACAGCCUUGUGUGGCGACCAGCAAUCGGCAAUGUUUGGUGAAUGUUGUUUCGCAGAGGGUGAUACUAAAUUAACCAUUGGUACUGGUUGCUUUGUAAAUAUCAAUACGGGUAGUCAAGCAAGAGCUUCAAGGUUUGGUAUGUAUCCAUUGGUAGGUUGGAAAAUAAAGAAUGAUAUCACCUAUGUGAUGGAGGGUAAGGGUAUGUCUGCUGGUACCGCCAUCGAUUGGGCUCAAUCAUUUGGUAUGUUUAAUGAUCCUUGGGAAACAAGUGCAAUGGCAUCGAGUGUACCACAUUCACAAGGUGUGGUUUUCGUACCGGCCUUCACAGGUUUAGCUCCGCCUCAUAAUGAUCCACGUGCUCGUGGUCUCAUCAUUGGUAUGUCACCAUCGACAAAGAAGGAACAUGUGGUCAGGGCACUAUUGGAAUCAUUUGGUUAUCGUUGCAAGGAAUUGAUCGAUGCAAUUCUCUCGGAUGCCUAUCAACCCAUCAGGCGUGUCGUUGCCGAUGGUGGUGUUUGUCAAAACGAUUUCGUAAUGCAAUUCAUUAGUGAUAUUUGUGGUAUUCAAAUUGAUCGUGCCGCUCAUCCAGAAAUGACUGCAAGUGGAGUUUGUAUGUUGGCUGGUUUAGAAGUUGGAAUUUGGAAGAAUAAAGAAGAAUUGGCUUCAUUAAGACAUAGCUCUAAAAUCUUUGAUCCAAAAAUGAAUAAAGAUCUCAAAAGAAAACUCUUUAAGAGAUGGGAAAGAGCUGUCAAACGUUCAAUGUAUUGGUCAGAGAAUAGUUUUGCUGGUGAAGGUGGUGCUGCUGAUGAUGGUUAUUUAGAUAGUGAUGAAGAAAAGAAAUUAAGAAAUGAUCAUAUACAACAACAAACAAACAAUGUUAAUGUUCCAACUUCACAACCACCUUCUCCAAAAAUAAUUGCAACUUCUCCAACAAUUACAAAAUCUUCACCAAAUCCAAUACCAAAUAAAAAUAAUUAA